CUUGGCUUGUUUCGCCAUCUUGGAAAGUGUACAAACAGCCGAAAAAUAGUUUGCGAUUUCCGAUAUUCAGUGAUUUGUGCAUGCUUUGAGGCUCGACAUAGUUCCUAAUGAUGAACCGCCGUGUUGGUCGCGACAGUCGUAGCGCUGAACGAAAUAGCCGUGGUUUUGGUGCCGGAGGUAUCUCCAGUCUGAUGCGCCGUAACGAACGCAAUGGUGGGCGCGUGGAGAAGCGUUUCGAUCGAAUGGAGCGAAAUGGCGAAAACUUGCGCAGCAUACACUGGGAACAGUUGAAUCUGGAGGCGUUUCAGAAAAACUUCUUCCAACCAGCAAGUAGCGUGCUGAACCGUUCCAGGGCCGAAGUGAAUCAGUAUCUUGACAAAAAUGAGAUUACUGUCAUUGGCAAAAAUAUUCCCUCGCCGAUACUACACUUUCACGAGAGUGGCUUUCCGCAGUUUAUGCUCGAUGAAAUUGCACGCCAAGGGUUUCUGGAGCCAACCUUCAUCCAGGCCGUCGGAUGGUCGAUCGCAAUGAGUGGUCGUGAUAUGGUCGGUAUUGCGAAGACUGGCAGUGGAAAAACGUUGGCUUACAUUUUGCCAGCUCUGGUGCACAUUAGUAACCAGCCACGGCUCGCGCGUGGUGACGGACCCAUUGCGUUGGUGCUGGCACCUACUCGAGAGUUGGCCCAGCAGAUCAAGCAGGUUAGCGACGAUUUUGGACGCCGCAUGGGCGUUCACAACACUUGCGUUUUUGGCGGGGCCUCAAAGUAUCCGCAAGAGAGUGAUCUGCGUCGCGGUGUUGAAAUCGUCAUUGCCACACCCGGUCGGUUGAUAGAUUUUCUCGAGGGGGAAAAAACGAAUCUUCGGCGCUGCACGUAUCUUGUGCUGGAUGAGGCGGACCGAAUGCUGGACAUGGGCUUCGAGCCGCAGAUUCGCAAAAUCAUCUCCCAAAUCCGUCCUGAUCGGCAGGUAUUGAUGUGGUCUGCUACCUGGCCGAAAGAGAUCCGCAAGUUGGCCGAGGAAUUCCUUCGCGACUACAUACAAAUCAACAUCGGAUCUCUGAAUCUGGCUGCAAACGAGAACAUUCUGCAGGUGAUCGAGUGCUGCGAGGAGUACGAAAAAGAGAGUCGGCUGUUCAUGCUGCUGGAGAAGAUGUCCACCCAGCACGACAACAAGGCGAUCAUUUUCGUGGAAACGAAACGCAAGGUGGACAAGAUUGUAAACAUUAUUCGUCGCCAGGGAUGGCGGGCGGACGGAAUACACGGUGACAAGUCGCAGAAAGAUCGCGAUUACGUGCUGAAUACUUUUCGUCGUUCGACCAAUGGGCUGCUCGUGGCAACUGAUGUCGCCUCACGUGGUCUAGAUGUCGACGACGUGAAGUUCGUCAUCAAUUUCGACUUCCCCAAUAACACCGAAGACUACGUGCAUCGGAUCGGCAGAACGGGUCGCUCGACGAACAAGGGCACAUCGUACACAUUUUUCACUCCAGCCAAUGCCUCGAAGGCCAGCGACUUGAUCAGCGUCCUGCAAGACGCAAAUCAGUACAUUAACCCGGAGUUACACGAGUACGCUCGCAGUGGCGGUCGGUACCGUGGUGGCGGUGGACGUAUGCGUGGUGGCAGCGGAGGCGGUCGCGAUCGUGGUGGACCACGUGGUGGGCGUAUGGGAGGCAGCCGAUUCAACGACCACAAAUUGAUGGGCGACGUCGGAGGUUUUCGCAAUGGAAGCGAUGACCGUGGACCGAAGUAUCCCCGACGCGAUGAGUUUGGGCGUUCAGAUCACCGGGAUAGCAACACGGCGCGUGCGACUGGCUACGGAAUGGGCGUGUCGAGGGUUGCGAAUGCCAUGGGAUACAUUGUCAAUAACGGUGCCGUACCUUACGCGACAGACGAUCGUGGUUACGGUGGCAGCUAUGUAGGCUCGAGUCAGGCUGGUUACACUAGCGGCGCAUACGCCUCCAGUCCCAGCGUUGGUACGAUGGUAGUUCGGCGCUCGGAAGCAGAUCGUUCGCGAGCACCACCUACUGCGGGCCUCGGGUUGGCUGCGGCGCCCACGAUGCCCGCGGCCGUAGCGUACAGCCAUCCAGGCGUGCCAUUGAAUGGAGCAUAUAUGGCUGCCUAUCAAUAUGCGGCACCGGCUGUCAGUCGCACAGCAGGUUAUCCUCCACGAGGGCCUAUGCCAUCAAUGGCCAACGGUGGAAUGUAGAUAACGAACCCUUUCUUUAGUUUCAGAAUACCACUAACCAGUGGAACUUUUCCCUUGGUGCACUCCUUUAGAGCAGGGGCAUCCAUUGCAUAACUUAUUAUAAAACUAAUAGCUGGAAACUCUGCAUCAGUGGUGAAAUCUCGUCGAAUUUGGGCAGUUCCGUUUGUGCAGCAUCAUUCUUCCUCUCACUUAAUUCAUUCAUUAGGCUCACGUAUCACUUACUGCAUGAUCGUCUCUCCAAGACCCCCCGUGAGACAUGAACAAAAUCAUAAGCACUGAGAAUAAAUGAUAAGAGGGAAAUAUUAGUUUGUACAUCGGUAGAAUUAAUGCAUAUUUUAAAGCCCUUAGAAAUAACAUUUUACAAACAUUCGCAAUGCUAAUCAAUAAACGAUUAUCUUUUAAA